AUGACGAAAGGUUUUGCUUCUGGUUUUGGUGAGCCGCUUAGCGAAGAAGGCAAACGCUAUGUGAAUGAAGUCCGACUGAAGCUAACUCAGCCUAUUCAUCCAACUUUCGAUACAGAUUUUAAUAUUUAUCGAUUUGUGCUUUCAUCCGAAAGAAUACACAAGAAGGAAAAGGAUAUUAUCGAGCAUGCAGCCAAAGCCGUCAACAACCAUUUGAGAAUCAGAAAAUCACUUAACUUGGAUACUGAUGUUCCUCGUGCGUUUGAUGAGAACCCUAUUUUCCAAAAACGCCUCAUGCCAAAAGGAGAAAUUCAAGAACAAUCUGAUAGUUACAAUCGAUUGUUGUGGUUCAUCGAAUAUGCCUCUAUCACUGUUGAGAGUAUUGCUCAUUCAAUCAGAAGCUCAGAAGCAUGUAAGUACCAAUUCUGGCAGUUCGAGUACAUGCUCCGACGUGUGAUGAAACAGGAAGAGAAGACAGGAAAGCUGAGUUCUCUUCGCCAUGUGAUUGAUAUGCAUGGAUAUGAAAUCAACCCAUUCACUAUGCUCUUUGUCAGCAGUGGCACCUUAGCUUACUACUCUCAACUGUUUCACUACGAAAACUACCCCGAAUUGGUAUCACCUGUGGAGAUUGUGAAUAUUGCUAAGUGGAUUCAUGUGCCUUAUAAGUUGGCGAAAACAAUGAUGCCAUCUGGCUUCGCUGACAAGUUCAGACUUCAUGAUAAUCACUUUUUGAAAACAUUGAAAGAGGAAAUAAGACUGGAAGACAUACCAGAGUCUCUAGGAGGGGUGAACAAAACGAUCAAGUGUGUUCCUGCUGUCAAAGUUGAACAUACUGAUUAUUGGCAACCAGAUCAGAAUGAAAUAAUAAAUGAUCUCGAGUCUGUUCAUGUUGGAGCCCGUAAGAACAAGCAUAUCACUGUAGAAAUAAACGAGCCAAAGGAAAUCAAGUGGUACUUCCGGACAGAUGGCGAUGUCUACUUCGGAAUAUUCUACGAGGACCCCGAUAAGAAAGUUCAAGAAGAGAAAGAUGGCUUUGACCAUGAGAAAUUUGAAAUGGUAUAUCCCUGGUUAAAGUUAUCGGCCAAACUAGUUCAUGAAAGAGAUAGUUUCCGCUGUACGGUUCCAGGAAAAUAUCAUAUCGUUUUCUGCAAUAAGCACUCAUGGCUCUCGAGAAGAAACGUAGAUCUGUUCGUUCAAAUAGUUGAUGCAGAGAACAACAAGAAGAGGUUGCACUCAGAUGGCACCCUGGCUCAAUCCACUGUCGAUAUUAACGUACAGUAA